AUGUUCAGGAAUAUCCGGACGAGAGACGGGCCGUCUAGUGAUGUUGGUGGUGACGAGAGACGACCCUGCAUGCUACUGCUGGUGGUGGUGGCAGUGGCGCUGGUGGUGGUGGUGGCGGCGGCGGCGGCGGUGGUGGUGGUGGUGGUGGUGGUGGUGGUGGUGGUGGUGGUGGUGGUGGUGGUGGUGGUGGUGGUGGUGGUGGUGGUGGUGGUGGUGGUGGUGGUGGUGGUGGUGGUGGUGGUGGUGGUGGUGGUGGUGGUGGAACUGGUGGUGGUGUUGGGAAAGGUGGUAUUAACACUGAACUUGUUCAUCAUUGCUGCUUGUGCUGCUCGUGCUGCUCGUGGUAGAGCUAUACUUGCUACAACUUCUGCCGGUUCUGCUUCAGGAGAUGCUGGCCUUGAUGGGCCUCUGGGCCAACUGCCUGAUCUUACAGCUGAAGAAAUGGCUGAAGCAGCGGCUGAAGAAAACGUUGAAAUUAGGGAUAUGGGAGUGAGGGAUAUGGGUAUGAGGGAUAUGGGAGUGGUGGAUAUGGGAGUGAGGGAUAUGGGAGUGAGGGAUAUGGGAGUGAGGGAUAUGGGAGUGAUGGAUAUGGGUGUGAGGGAUAUGGGAGUGGGGGAUAUGGGAGUGGGGGAUAUGGGAAUGAGGGACAUGGGAAUGAGUGAUAUGGGAGUGAGUGAUAUUAGAGAUAGGGAUAUGGGAGUGAGGGAUAUGGGGAGUGAGAGGUAUGGGAAUGAGUGA